AUGUCAGGUGAAAAGCUAACAUUCAAACAGCAGUUUCAUGACUUCCCUGUCCGCCAAAUGCUUAUCAUCUGUAUCAUUAGAUUUAGUGAACCCUUAGCAUUCACGUCUUUAUUUCCAUAUUUAUAUUUUAUGAUACGUGAUUUUAAAAUAGCUGAAAGAGAAGAAGAUAUUUCCAAGUAUAGUGGAUAUUUGGCUUCAUGUUUUGCCUUCUGCCAAUUCUUAUUUGCAGUUAGAUGGGGUAAAUUAAGUGAUAAGAUUGGGAGAAAAUUCAUUCUCUUAAUUGGAUUAUUUGGUACCGCAUCUUCCUUAUUAUUAUUUGGAUUCAGUCAAAAUUAUUGGCAAGCAUUAGCAGCCAGAUCUAUUGCAGGGAUCUUAAAUGGUAAUGUUGCCGUUUUAAGAACUGUUAUAGGAGAAAUAGCCACUGAAAGAAGACAUCAAGCCAUAGCAUUUUCAACUUUACCUUUAUUAUUCAAUUUCGGAUCUAUUAUUGGUCCAGCAAUUGGUGGGUCCAAAUAUUUAACCCAUCCUAAGAAGGAAAGUCCUUAUGAUACCCAAACCCAAGAGGUUUCUGAUGGUUUAUAUUCAUUUUAUGAAAAAUUUAUUAGAAAAUAUCCAUAUGCAUUAUCUAAUAUUGUUGUAGCAGCAUUUUUAUUAUUCAGUUUAGUAUGUGGAUUCCUAUUCCUUGAAGAAACCCAUGAUGUUUAUAAAUAUAGAACCGAUUAUGGGGUUGAAUUAGGUGAUUGGUUAUUAUCCAAAAUUGGUAUUGCACCACCUGAAAGACCAUGGCAUAGAAGACAAUUACAUGAAGGACAUAACUAUUAUCCAUUAAUUGAUGAUGUAGCUUCUAUUCAAUCGGAAGCCUUAGAUUCAUCAGAUGAUGCAGAAAUUCAAAGUAUAAGACCAUACAUCUCACGUCGUAUGUCUCAGGCCAUUGUUAAAACAUAUUCUAUGGAAGGACAAAGGGAAAUUGAAGAAUAUAAGCCAACAUAUACUAAUGCUUUUACACCAGCAGUCAUAACUGUUAUUACUGGUAAUUUCAUUAUUUCGUUACAUAAUGUUACAUACAAUGAAUUCUUACCUGUUUUCCUUGCCGCUAGAUUCCAGAAGGAGAAAUUACAAUUUCCCUUUAAAAUCGAAGGUGGGUUUGGAUUAGAUACCAACUAUAUUGGUACUUUAUUUUCUUCAACCGGUAUGAUGGGAAUGUUAAUUAUUAUGGUUAUCUUCCCAUGGUUAGAUAGAAAGUUAGGUACUAUAAAUGGUUAUAGAUUAUCCGUUUCCAUUUUCCCUAUAGUGUAUUUCAUGGUGCCAUUUGCCAUUUUUACUUUAACUAAGUAUAACCCCAAUAUUCCAGAAUGGGUAACACCAGUAUUCUUAUAUACUUUAACAUCAUUGAAAACAUUAGCUAGUGCUACCGGUAUGCCACAAGUCAUGUUAUUAAAUCACCGUGCUGCAGCUAAAGAACAUCGUGCUUAUGUAAAUAGUGCAACCAUGAGUAUCAUUGCAUUGGCUAGAUUUACUGGACCAAUUGUGUUUGGAUAUUUAAUGUCCCUUAGUGAUAAAUUAGCAAUAGGUGAAUUGACAUGGUGGGUUAUGUCCUUAAUGGCUGGAGUUGGAAUGAUUCAAUCGUAUUGGAUGGAAGAUUAUGAUGAUGAAGAUGAGAAACUCCAUCAGACAGAAGAAGAACAAGGUGAACAAGAAGAACAAGAUACAAAUCCUGAUCUUUCUCAACAAUUGCAAAGAGAUUUUACUGCGAUAGAAGUGGAGGAUGAAACGCAAACUAGUAUCCGUUAGAUAAGGCUUCUAGGAUAUUUCAUCAGAGACAGUUAGAUAGACAGAUAGAUAGAUAGAGCCGCACGGAGGUAUGACGCAAAGGCGUAAUAGUUCCGAACAAUUUUCGAUUUGGUAGAUAGUCGAUUUAACUCAUAUGAAAUUGAUAAUGUAUCAUCUACCCAAUGUCAUAUAGCAAUGAUAGCAAUUUUAUAGAGUAAUAUAUUUAUCUACGCUUGCGAAUAUGGUUGUAGUAAUUCACACCAUAGUAUAUGAACAAUGUUAGCAGCAAUUUAGUAGCCACUAACAACGAA